UGCGCUGCACAGCCCUGAGCUAGGCCGUGUCGGCCUUGCUGCUGCGCAUGGCUAUUGCAAUCGCAGUCAGCUAGAACGGUGUAGAAGGACAAUAUGGGAGUUAUAAAGCUUGAUGCUCUUUCUAGUCUUCUUCUUUUCAUCAUCGGUUUGUAGCCUCGCAUCUCGUUUGUUUGUGGUCAAUUCAAGAACCUUAAACUACUCAACGUACUACUGAGUCUAACCAAGGCCGACGUAAGCGUACAGCGCUCAUUUCAUCAUCCUACUCUACCCGUCUUAUCCGUCUCAUCCGCCCCCAGACUCAAAACCGCAAAAACACUCACCUUGAGACUCUAACAACACAUCUAUCCAUCCACAAUGUCCGAUCCCUACAACCAAUACGGAAACCAACACCCUGCUGGAGGAUACGGCUCGCCCGCACCGGGCCAGGGCUGGGGAGGACCACAGCCUGGUUACCCCGCACAGUCGUCGAGUCCCUAUCCGCCUCAGCAACAAGGCGGAUAUGGAGCACCGCAACAAUACGGCCAACCCGGCUAUGAUCAGAACAACCAGUACCAGCAGGACCAGCAACAAGGGUAUGGUGGAUACGGUCCGCCUGCUCAUGGCGGAUUCCAGAACGGUCAACAACCACCAGACCAUCAGUAUGGCCAGGGCCUAGGCUAUACUGGUCAAUACAACUCACAAGAUCCCAACCGUGGUUACGACCAACAAGCUCCUGGACAGCAAUUCCCACAGCAGGGUGCUUACAGCUCCGCUCCUUAUCCAUCAGAUAACAAUGCGCAAAAUGCAUACUCUCAUCAGGCAAACCAACAAUACGGAUCCACUGAUCCAAAUGCUGCCCAGGAAGGCGAGCGUGGCUUCCUAGGCGCUGCUCUUGGUGGAGCUGCGGGAGCUUUCGGCGGCAGUAAGGUUGGAGGUGGCCACGGUUUCCUUGGAGCUAUUGCAGGCGCGAUAGGUGGUUCCAAGCUUGAGGACAAAUGGAAGGAGGGUCGUCACAGCAACCAACAAUAUGGCAGUGGCAGCGGUCACGGGAAAUGGUGAAGGGCAAACUAAGCCAUGGUUUGCUUUCAUGCUUUCUCGUUUAUCUGUUGGACUAUCAUUAAUGAAGGUAUCAGUAUGGUCUUUUUUGGGACAAAUAGGAAAUUAGGUUUUAUUGUUCCAUCUAUCGUAUUAGUUCUGUUAUUGAAGACAGAACGAAACUUGAUUAGAGUGUAUUUAUCUCAAUCUUCAAAU